CCUGCUCGUUGUGCACCCCGAGCCACUCGGCACGAGAAGGCAGACCCGAACUCUUCGCCUUGGGUAAUACACGUUGUACACCACCAUUCGUAGGGCUGACACUGUGCAGUAGGCAAGACGGGUGUCUGCAGGCAUUGCCCGCAAGAUGGCACCGCCUUCCUGUUGGGCGCUCUGCAGAAGUUGACUUGAGAUUUGAAGCUAUUCUUAUCUUUACUCUCCUAGGCGUCACAUCGUCAUCUUGAGUAGGCAGUGACUAUAUAUCCAGGUGGUAGAUCUCAUCAUGUUCCACUUUCUGCCACAUUCAUCUCAAUAACAACUUCCGUUUCCGAUCUAACUCUAUUCCCUUUGUCCACUUUCCUGAUCGCAUAGUCUGGCGUUAUCAAUCAUCUUUCUGUUUCCUUGGUGGCUCUUCUUACAUCCAAUCUAUACCAAUUUUGACCAUCAACCUUUUUACUUAGUUUACAAUGGCAAAUGUCAGCUCCAUCCGCAGUCAAUCCAGCUUUUCCCCGGCAACCACUUCCCCCGCGCUCAACCGUCCGACUUCGUUUCCCUUCUCGUCAACCGACAUGGACCUCAUCCAAUUUCCUCGGUCUUGGGAGACGGCAUGGGAGGCCGCUGGUCAGACCAACUUCGAGCGUGCCCAGGCAUUCCUCUUUUUCUACCGUGGCGAUGACGCCGCAAUCAAUAGUGAACUCCGGAUCAUCGCUUCACACCACAGAUACCGAGAUGUAGCUUCACUAGCUGCUGCAGUUGAGAAGCGCGUCUUCGGCGGUCGCCACACCAGUUUCCAAACCAACCGGCUGCUGCAGUGGAUGCGCUUUAUUCUCAUCAAGAGUCAAGCGCUUACUUCGGCCAGGACUAAGUCUGUGCGAGACUUCUUCUUUGACCCUAGUAUUGCCCGCAACCUGUCGCAACUGCCCGAGGAUCCUGUUACGUAUCAAUACCCUGCUGCGCCUCUCAAGAUCGUAAUCGUCGGCGGAGGGCCCACUGGUCUCGCAUCCGCCAUCGCCCUGGCUGAAAAGGCCGGCACAAAAGUCGAGGUCCAUGUUUACGAGGGCCGCUGGGCCCAGCAAGCUGGGACUUCUUUCGUCGGCUACCCACCUACAGCUCGCCGCCGUGACCAGGUCGUCACCCUCCAAGACUCCGUCACCGACCUCAUGAGCGACAGGACAAGACAGGCCGUCUUUGGGGGAUGUCCCGAGCGUGUUUGGCCUGGCUCCAGCAACUUGCAGAUUCGGAAGCUCGAGGAUGGUCUUCUCAGACGUGCGCAGGACAGCCAGUUCAGGGAUCUCAUCUUCUUGCAUGCUAUUCAGGUCAGGAGGGAGAACCUGGCAGACCACGGCGACUUCCACCUUAUGCUUGGUGCUGAUGGCGCUGGCUCGUGGCUACGCGGAACAUACUUCCAGGGGCAGGAAGAAGAGGUUGGCAAAAGCUAUGCUCUCGGCGUCGCUUUCAACAGACCUCGAGGACUUCCUUUCUCGCAGCCCAUUAACAUCAUUCUGACAUUGGGCCAGACCCGAUAUCUUCUCAACGCCAGCGAUUUUGAUGGCACUGGAUAUCUCAACAUGCAGUUGACCGAGACUGAGUGGCAUCAAAUGGUUUCGGUGGAUGGCCACCCCUGCACAUUCGGCCGUCCAAGCUGCCUCAAGGUCAACGGCUGUCUUCCCGAGGGUUUCCAAGAAAACCAGGUCUUUGCUCCUUCACAGCUACCCGACAGCCCUCUCUGGAAGGCCAUUCUCGAUGGUCUCGAGCUUUACGGCUUCAAGCAGUGCGAAGUCACCAACAUUGUCCGCAUUCCCAUCGUGGUCCGUAGAAUCAACAAGGCAAUCGAGCAGCUCCCUCAGUGCGACUCCUCCGCGCUUCGACGACCCCACGGCCUAGUUACGCUUGCUGGCGAUGCUGCGAUGACUGUGCACUUCUGGCCUGGCCGCGGUGCAAACUCUGGUAUGAAGGCCGGGAUUGCAUGGGCCGAUGAAGUUGCUCGCGCGCUCAUGCAUGGCCAAUUCGUCGGCCUCCAGACUGCGUCUCUAGGAUUGUACCAUGACUUCCUGCAAAAGCUUCAAGAGCGCGAGCACGGUGGUCGUAGUCUGCCAAUCGUCAGGCAGACCGGCGAUCCUGACAUGAUGGCUUGGCUGAUGCGUAACGCACGCCUUAUCCCGCACCAUGUGGCAAUGGAGUGGCUUGUCAGCCAGAUGCGCCGCGAUGCCGUAAGGAUCCAGAGGCGUGAAGACUGGGCUUUCGAGCAAGUUGCAAAUCUUGAGCCACAGCUGCGAGAGAUCUUGGAGAAGUUGAACCCGGUCACUCUUCAGGAAAUGGCUGCCACGUUCCCGUGGCCAACGAGAGAGAUGGCUGGGGCCGAGGUGCUGCCUGAGAGGUCCGUCGUAGAUGCCUGCUUGAGACAGGAGAGUACUAGGCAAAAGGACGUCCCGAAGCUCGAGAAGCAGGCAAAGGCAAAGAAGCAAGGCAGGAAGAGGAGGAGUGCAGAUGAUUCGUUGUCCGGAACAGAGGUAUCACCCGCUUUCUUGGCUAGCUUGGCCACUAAAGCCAGGCCGGUGUCCCAACGAACGUCCUGGCGUGCUUUCAGCUUCGGUAGAUCCGCACAAACGGUUCAGUGAUUGUGGAUGGCAUCAAGUAUUUACAGUCGGAAUAAGUGUAAUGUCAUCAAUUGGAGGAUAUGGUUGUAUGGAAUUGUGGCAUAGGGGAGUAUCUGGAUUGGUUGAACAUAGAUUUACUUAGCUGGCCGGGGCAUACGGGGCGUUGAUUAGGAUCAUGAUUUACUCAUAGCAUUGGAUAGCGGGCCAGUCGUUCAUUUAGCCAACUUGGGAACAUGAUGUA